AUGAGUCGAGUACUUUUGCUAUUACACCCUACAGUUGUCACUGAUCAACAUUUGGUUGAGCAAAUAAAGAGUCAAAUUGCAUCAACUCAUAAGAACUUCGCGUUAGAACAACAUAUUAUAGAUAGAGUAACGCGUGGAGAUGUCGAGUUGGCCAACAAUACUUAUAACGAAAUAGUGUAUGUGAAUCCUAAUGAUGCCGCUUAUCAAAUUAUUCCUGCUUCUUUGAUGAAGUUAUUGUACGAAGUUUUAACCGACGAGGGUGUGUUGAGUGGUGAUUUACCUACAGAUCAGAAUUUAGAUGUGUUGAUGACUGGAUUCAUAGUAAAUGAUAAUAAAUGGGUGAAACCAAAGCCUAUUGAAGUUGUCACACUCAAGAAGAAGUCCACCACAAAUAGUACAGCUCCACUUAAGAAAUUACCAUUAUUCAAAAAGUUGGAUAAUUCUGUAGGGUUAACCGAUACUUCAGCCGAUGAAGAGGAUACUGAAGAAACUCAAGCUAUGAAGCGUAAGUUAGAUGAAACUAAAUUAACAUAUUUCAGUGAUGAUGAUUCUGAAAAUGAAGAUGAUGAAGAUGACGGAAUUAUAGAUGAAAAUGAUUUGAUUCAAGAGUCUAGCAAUACUGGAUCCAGUAAGUUAAUCGUUCCUAGAAAGUGUGAAUUACCAAAUGGUAAGAGAAGAAGAAAGGCUUGUAAAGAUUGUACAUGUGGAUUGAAAGAGUUAGAAGAGGCCGAAGAAAAUCAACAACGAUCUUUGCAAGAUUCUAUCUUAGGUAAGAUGGCACAAUCAGCCACCUUAGAAGCAAUAAAAAUAGAAGAAAGAUUAAAAUCGAAGUUAAAUGCUGUCAAAUUCAAAGAUGAAGAUUUAGCAGAAAUUGAUUUUACCGUUCAGGGAAAGACCGGAGGAUGUGGUUCCUGUGCAUUAGGAGAUGCUUUCAGAUGUGACGGAUGUCCUUAUUUGGGAUUGCCCCCAUUUAAGCCAGGAGAAGUAAUAACCAUUGAUAGUUUAGGAGAAGACUUCUGA